CCGCUCACGUUGUAAAUCCUCACCCUGAUGCAUCCGAUCCGCCGCAAGAGCGUCGUGUUGGAAGAGGACGAGAAUGAGCCCAAAAAGACUUUGCAACAGAAGGAAGUCAUUUCCGCCCAAAUGAUCGACGUCGUGCAAACGCGUCUCGACUCGCUUCGUUCUGUGGCCGAGAACCGGAUUUACGGCUUGGAAUGUGAUUUGAAAGCCAACUUGAACCACUCAUCGAGAAUGGUACCUGGUCUGCCCGAUCCUUAUGAGACCAACCACGUGGUCGCAACGGGCCGUCUGCGCACGUCCGCGGCGCUGGCCAUGAACGCUCGGAACCAACUGCUCAUGGAAAGACUGUUCGGGCCAGACGAGAAACUGCGGACGCGCAAUAAAACGAUGAAAAAGUCCAAAGCGGACAUGCUCAAGUCGGAAACAAGACGCAACAAACGGGCGCAACUGGAAAAGCUACUGCAAGUGAGCAUCGAACGCCACGUCACGCGCACGGUCGACAGCGUUCUGACGUCGGCAGAUUCAAACAACAAGCGGAACAUCGACCUCAACGCCAAGCUGCUGCUGUCCCACACGAUCGAAAAGAUGCGCAUCGUCCAGGGCAAGAAAACGUUCAAGCGGUUUGUCUUGACCGAGAUCUCGUGCACGCAAUUCGAGCAAAUCUUUUGGCUUGUGUUUACCCGCAUCUUUCAAAAGAACGCCGACGACGCCGACCAGAUGGAGUGCAUUUGCGCGCUGUAUGUCAAGAUGCUGUCCGUGCUGCGCCUCAACAAAGAUCUCAUCUUUCGCAUUUACCCGUAUGCGAUUGCGGGCUCUGUCUGCAGUGGCUUUCACUAUUUAUUUCCGGGCUCGCGACACUUAUACGUUCACGACUUUAAGCAUCAGGUGUUUGUGAUCGUGUGCGAACUCUUGCUCGGGUUAAAGUUGUGCCCCAUCUCGGUGCAAAUGAUGCGAAAGCAGUACUUUCCAGAGGACCAGCUGGACGAGUUGGCAGGCAAGAUGAAAUACCUCGACAGCGCCGAGUCGACCCCCCCUGGACAGCUCCCUGGCAGUAGCAACUCGUUGCGAAAAUCUGCCAGUGACUUUACCUUGUCCAUGCUGCCGACGAGUCUUCGGGUCCACCAAGUGCGAGCGUCGUUCAAUGCCGCGCAGUUAAGUCCGCUCAUGAAGGAAUACUUGGCGACCAACAAGGAAGGUCUUAAGAAGCCCUGCUUUCUGCGUCGCACGACGCCAGUGGAUCGAUGUCUUGUAGGCGGCGAGGAUACGUAUCGCAAAGCGUUUACGAAGAAAGAUCAAGCCGUGAAUUUUGCCCAACAGUCGUCGGAAUUGUACGGCGAGUACCGCAAGGAUGUGCUCAAGUACCAGCAAAACGCGCACAACGCCAUCAAGUUGAUCGAUGAGACCAAAGACAUUGUCCUGAACGGCGGAAAGGCAGCAAUUAAGGCAUACAAGGCUAUUCUGCAAAACCACUCGAUACUGGAAGAAGCGGCAGAUCAGGUGCCAGUACAAAACAGCAAUGUGGUGGCCACGACACGCCCGACCAAACAUGGCUUGUAAUCAUUCUUGGCUAAUUAAUUUAACCACCGCCAAAUGCUCUGGGCAGUGGAGUUUGC